AUGCCUCGGGGGAAGAAGAACAAGCGCCGCGCCCGCAUGAAACGCCACCAGGCCCAGGGGGAGGCUCAGCAUCUCAAGGGUGCCCAGGCCGCUGAGGCUGAGGCUGAGGCUGAGGCUGAGGCUGAGGCAGCAGCAGCAGCAGGAGAGGAGUACCCCUCCUCCCCAUCUUCUGUUUCUCAGGGUACUCCCCCGAGCUCCCCUGCUGCUGGCCCUGGCCAGGAGCCGCAGGGAGCCCCAGCCACUGGCUCUCCUGAGGCAGGGGUUUCAGGCCCAGGAGCUGAAGGAGGGGCCCAGGCAGCACCUUCCACUCAGAGCACUCGCAGAGAUCCUCUGAUCAGGAAGGCCAGCAUGUUGGUGCAGUACCUGCUGGAGAAGUACAAGAUGAAGGAGCCCAUCACACAGGCCGCAAUGCUGAAGGCUGUCAACAAGAAGUACAAGGAGCACUUCCCUGAGAUCCUCAGGAUGGCCUCUGAGCAGUUGGAGCUGGUCCUUGGCCUCGAGCUGAAGGAGGUCGACCGCAGCAAUCACUACUACACCCUCACCAGCAAGCUGGACCUCCCCAGCGAGGGGGGUCCGAGUGAUGAAGGGGAGCUUCCCCCGUCUGGUCUCCUGAUGAUGCUCCUGGCUCUGAUCUUCGUGAAGGGCAACCGCGCCACUGAGGAGGAGAUCUGGAAGUUCCUCAGUGUGUUGGGGGUCUAUGCUGGGAGGAGGCACUUGAUCUUUGGGGAGCCCAGGAGGCUCAUCACCAAAGAUCUGGUGCAGCAGAAGUACCUGAAGUACCGCCAGGUGCCCGACAGCAAUCCUCCGCGCUAUGAGUUCCUCUGGGGCCCCAGAGCCCAUGCCGAAAUCAGCAAGAUGAAAGCGCUGGAGGUUCUGGCCAAGAUCAAUGAUACCGUCCCGAGUUCCUUCCCAGAUCUGUAUGAGGAGGCUCUGAAAGAUGAGAAAGAGAGAGCAGGAAUGAGAGCCGCGGCCAGGGCUGCAGCUACUGCUGAGGGCAGAGCACCUUCCAGGGCCAAGUCCCACAGCUCCCCCCACGUCUAG